GAUUCCUCUGACAGUUCGCGUAGUGAACGCAAUGGUGGACACAACAGAUGAGUUCUAUUGAUCAGUCAGUGUGUAGUGCCGUGUCGGAAAAAUGUGAGAGUUUGUUUAAAUAAAUCAAAAUGUGGAUUCCAACGAAAACGCGCAAAUACGGCGUUGCUAUUUAUAAUUGGCGCGGGGAUUCACGAUGCGGCCUACCGCUGGAGAUCGGCGAGACGGUGCAGAUCCUCGAGGAAUGCACCGGCUGGUAUCGCGGGUUCACCACGAAGAACCGCUCCAUGAAGGGUAUCUUCCCGCAGGCGUAUAUUCAUCUCAAGCCGUGCAAGGUAGAUAACGAAGGACUCUUUGAGAGUGUUGUUCCGCUCGAAGAUCCUGUUGUCAGGGAAGUUACGCUUGUGUUGCGGGAAUGGAACGAGAUCUGGAAGAGGCUCUUUGUGGAGCGAGAGACGUACAAAUUCGAUACGGUUGGCAAAGUCAUGCGCGACUUGUUGGAGUGGCGGCGGCAGCUUGUCUCCGGCACGUUGACCCAGGACCAAACCAAAGAGCUCAAGUUGAAGAUUAUUGCCAAAAUCGAUUGGGGAAAUCGAAAACUUGGCUUGGACCUGGUUCCUCGCCAAGGAGCGCAAAUGGUCGAUCCUGAUACGAUGUCAGUCGUGGAACUCCACCAGGUGCACGUCCUUAGCGCUGAAAACUCCAAAGGCGCAUCUGCACGUGGCACGAUAAAACGCAAAGAAGCAAAGAAGAUUCUAACUCAUCAUUUGUACUUCUGCAUGCGUGAUUUCGGUCACCACAUCGGUGAAGACACCGAGAUAUACUUCUCGCUCUUCGAUGAUAAGAAGCAUCGCUACAUCUCCGAAAGGUUCCUAGUCAAGAUAUCCAAAGAGGGCUUCUCGAACUACAUCGAGAAACUGCACAGCAACUGCACCAUCUUUACCGACCUGGGCAACGCUGACCUCAACAAGGAUAUCUACAUUGUUGCGCACGUGAUGCGAAUCGGUAAGAUGCUCUAUUCGGAGAGUUCGCGCAAAGCCGAGAAGAACCCGACCGCCACCAUGCAGGUCUUCAAGCGACCACAUGGUGUUGCCGUCCAAAACCUAAGUGAUCUGCUGAUGCACAAGGAGGGUGAGUCUGAUGAACGGGAGUUUACGCUGAAAGUAUUCCAGUGUGAGGAGAAGGACUUCCAUCAGCUACAUGAGAAUCUCAUCAAGCAGCUUGGUAAAUACAGCCCGCUAUCCUGUCAACCAAAUUACGGGAUUAUCAUCUCUCUGAAGAUGCUACACGGGCAACUAUCUCAAAUCAAGGAGGACAGUCCUUUAUUAUUCAAGAAUAUCUCACUAACUAAUAAAUUGGGUUUUGCUGAUGUUAUUAUGCCUGGUGAUGUUAGAAACGAUCUGUAUUUGAUUCUGGAAAAGGGCGAAUUUGAACGCGGAGGGAAAUCAACCGGUAAAAAUAUUGAAGUGACGAUUAUUGUCUUGGAUAGCGAGAAGAAUGUAAUCAAACAUUGUCUCUGGGGUGCUUCCGGAUGUGAGGGUCAAUCGGAAUAUGUGUCUAUGAUCAUCUAUCACCACAAUUCACCCGCCUGGGCCGAGAAUGUGCGACUCACGCUGCCGAUUGACAAGUUUGCAGGCGCGCACGUACGCCUUGAAUACCGACAUUGCUCCACGCGUGAAAAGAAUGACAAGAAACUCUUUGGAUUUUCGUUCGUGCGGUUAAUGGACAAGGACGGUGCCGCCGUGCAUGACGCCAAUCACGAACUCUUUAUUUACAAGUGCGAGGAUGCCGCCAAACUGGAAAACUGUGGAUAUCUUAUGUUGCAAGGUCACGGGAAAGAUCUGGAGGGCAAUCAAGAGUCAGGAGCGUUCAGCCGUAGCCAUAAAGAAGUGGUUAUUGUUAAAACUCUUCUAUGUUCUACCAAACUCACGCAAAAUACCGAUUUGCUUUCACUUUUACGCUGGAAAUCGCACCCGGAGAAGAUCCAGGACUCUCUGCAGAAAGUUUUACGUUUAGGUGACGAAGAACUGGUCAAAUUCUUGCAGGAUGUAUUGGAUGCACUGUUUGCAUUGUUCUCUACUGAGGAAGGCAAUUCUACCAACCACAGCGGGCUUGUCUUCCACGUGUUGGUCUCCAUAUUCAGUCUGCUUGAUGAGUCAAAGUUUCAGUAUUUUAAACCAGUAUUGGAUGCUUAUAUUAAGGACCAUUUUGCCGCCGCGUUAGUUUACAAGGGACUAUUGACGAGCGUACAGCAUUGUGCUGACUGGGUGUUGUCAUUUGAGAAACAACAACCGAUUUUGAAGUGUUUCAAGAGCUUGGAGUCUAUCUUCAAACUGAUCAUACAAAGUCGGUUGUUGUUUUCGCGCGCUAGUUGUGGUCAACUCGAAGACAGUUUUCGUCGGGACUUGAAUUUGGUGUUUAUUUCACUGAAUACUAUGCUGGGACUGACACAGACAGCUAUAAUCAAUUCACAGAUUGAGUUGCUGAUGAAUAUUGGAGUUGUGUUUGAGCAAUUGGUGGACAUUUUGCCUAUUUUGGAGGUAACCAAAUUGGCGAAUACCAUGUUAGACGCUCCGAGGGAUGGCGAAGCUCAACUUACGAAAGCGAAGUUGUUUUUCAUGAAAACUUUGAUGCAGGGAAAACUAUUUCAUGAUGACGAAUCACGUAAUGUGCUCCUGACGCAUGUGUGUAAACAUUUGCGGAAUCAUUUAAUCCGUCGAGAAGAACUGCGACUAUGUUCCGAUAUCUUAGCGGAGAUACUCGGCUUCCUGUUCAAACAACGCAAACAGGCCGAGGAGCUGGGCAAGAUCAACAACUGCAUACACCACGAUGUUGAUACUCUUUGCAUUAGUACAUUUGACGUGAUCAUUAACACUGUGCUGGUGAUAAUUGACAAAGAAACAGCAGUAAUUGGGGGAAUUGUAGCGGGUCUAGUCGGGUUGCUGCAGCUGCUGGACGAAUUCCAUUACAAGCGGCUGUGGGAGACCAUAAUGGGACCAACACACGACCGCAAGCCUCUCAAAGACUUCCUCAUGCGCGUCUUCCUCGUCUUUCGCAAUCUAGUCAAGCAGCAAGUCUUCCCGCCCGACUGGCUGAUUAUCCGCAUGGUGACCAACAAUGUCAUAUUAAAGUCGCUGCAGGAACUCGCACAGCCGCUCGCUUUCAAAUUCCUCGACACGCGCGGCGGUUACUUUGACAAAGAACUGUGGACGAGUUAUUUUAAUCUUGCCGUGGAUUAUCUCACGCAAUCCUCGUUGCAACUAGAGCAGUUUUCCGAAGUAAAGCGGGAAAAGAUUAUUGAAAAGUACGGAGACAUGCGGGUAUUGAUGGGCUUCCAGAUUUUGUCCAUGUGGUCACAGCUAGGCGAGCAUAAACUCCAUUUCAUUCCGUCGAUGGUAGGUCCGUUCCUCGAGGUGACACUCGUGCCUGAAAUCGAGUUACGCAAAGCGACGCUGCACAUCUUCUUCGAUAUGAUGGAAUGCGAGCAGAAGUCACGCGGUAACUUUAGGCAGGUCGAGAGCGAGCUCAUCGACAAGUUGGAUAUUUUGAUAUCCGAAAACAAGGGCGACGAUGAGUACCGCCAACUGUUUAAUACUAUGGAACAUCUGAGCGCCGUGUUGUUAGAUCGUGUGCAAGCUGAAGAUCCCACAUGGAAGGACAGUGGUGCAGCUUUCAUCAGUUCGGUGACACGACUUCUUGAGCGUCUCCUUGAUUACCGCAGUGUUAUUCAGGGCGAUGAGAAUCGUGAUAAACGCAUGUCUUGCACGUUUAAUCUACUGAACUUCUAUAAGAAUGAAUUCAAUCGCAAGGAGAUGUAUCUACGUUAUAUUUACAAACUACACGACCUUCAUCUAUCCGCAGAGAAUUACACAGAAGCGGGUUUCACGAUGAAGCUUUAUGCGGAUCAAUUAAGCUGGACAAACCAAUUAAUCAUGUCUGAUCCGCAAUAUAGCGGGUACACUGAGUGCAAAGUCAAGGAACAAUUGUACCGCCAGAUCAUCAACCAUUUUGAUCGUGGGAAGUGUUGGGAAAAGGGAAUACCUCUAUUGAAGGAGCUCGCACAACUGUACGAAAAUCAAAUGUUUAAUUAUCGAGCGCUCAGUGACAUUCUCAAGUUGGAGGCGAAGUUUUUUGAUAACAUUUUACAACAACUCCGUCCAGAGCCGGAAUACUUUCGGGUCGGCUUUUAUGUUAUACAAAUUAGCAAUGUAAAACCAACCCAGAAGCGAAUCCGAUUACGCUUGCAAACGAUAUACCCGGAAGAGAUUGCAAAGUUCUAUCAUUACAACGAUAUAGAAAAAAAACCGAAGAGAUCACCUAAAUACGCUUGUGAGACUAUGGCAUGUGAGAAAGAAUUAAGACUACUCAUUACAAUAUACAACGCAGAUCAUCGAAGAAAUCUCAAUCCUUUCACGAUGCGUUUACAGGGCAUCAUCGACGCUAAUGUUCAAGGCGGCAUUAAAGCGUCACCUCUUCCGCCACGCCCGCACACUCCUGAUAAACGCCCCCAGCGUUACCCUGAUCCACCCCCGAACAUCCCGAAACGCGGACAUAAAAAUCAACUCCUUCAUGUCGCAUCGAAUCUUACUGUUACAUCAAGAGUCCUCCGAAAUGAGCAACUGACCAACUGCCUCAAUCAACUCGAAGCAGAAGAUCACGAUCUGCGAGAUUCGGGGAUAAGCGUCACUGAUCAUGCCAACCUGAACAACUUCAACAACACUUGUUACGAAGACUUUGAUCUGCGCACACAUCAACAGGAACUAAAUAUUACUCCAAGCGGUGGUGAUAAGUCACCUAAAAUGGAGAAUCCACCACCGAUUCCGCCUAAAUUCGGCACUUCUAGUUUGGGCUCGAGUACGGAGUUCAGUGGGAGUUUAGAGCGAAAACGGGCAGAUUCCAUUGCGUCCGUUGGCGAUGUUGUCGUCAACGCAGAGAACUAUGCCAUACCUAAGCUAAAGAACGAGAACAAGAGCGAGGAACACAACGCAUAAAAUUCAUUCAUCGUUUUAUUUGGUGCUGAUUUACAUAAUCAUUCGUGUCAUAAGUUCGUUUUAAUCGCAAUGUCUUUGAUAGGGCUAAGGCGAAGCGCGUCUACAAAUGUAAUUCUAAAUUUCAUUCCAUGCUAAUCAUUUCCAUUUGUAAGCAAACAUAUUUAAUCUAAAUCUAAUCAUAUAGAUAGGGCUUAGUCAUAGGCUAUCUUAGUUGGUACAACAUUAUUUCUAACACAAGCGAGGGACUAAAAACAAAACUAACUCAAACCAAAAAAACUAAAGAAUCAAAUCUCCGCGAAUGUGCCAAAAACAAGUUUGGUAAGUGUGUAUUCAUAGGUUCCGAUUACUUUGAUGAGAUUAUACAUGAAAACACGUCAACGAAACAAUACCGCAUCCACUCAAGAAUAUACUAUUUACAACGUUUACAAUAUUUACAAUGAUUAUCUCAAUCUAUUGAUGUGAAUUAAUGAUAAUAUAUUUAAUUAUUUUUAUAUGCGAGGAUAUUUUCCAUGAGUUCGUGGUGCUAUUUUGUCACUGUACUCUUAUAAUUGAUUGGGCGCGCGGCGGAGAGCACUGAGAUUUAACGCAGGAAAGAUGUAAUCAAAUUCACUUGAGAAUUAUAUACUAGUCAUAAAUGAUAAUUAUAUUUUAAUCUCUAUUUUAUACUCUUAAGCGAGACCAAGUAUUUUAUUUUUAUGUAGUUUGUAAAUCGAGACUAGGGAAUGAAUAAGCGAAACGGAAAUAUUUAGAUUAUCAAUAAUUGUGUAGUAAAAUCAAAUAGAGUCAUGAUGAACAUAUAA